AUGACUUCAGGAGAUAACUUUGACAAGACUAAAGGAGUCAAAUCAGUCCGGAAACACAAGAUCAAAGGACUUUACUUAUUUGAAAGAUGUUCUGGGGGAAUACUUAAUCUUAAGUUCGAUUCGGAAGUAUUAGAGUCAUUUUACUACAAAUGUACGUACCCAAGUUCUCGUGGGAGAUUCCGUUUUGGCGCUGUAUUGACAGCUUUUCUGUCAGUCGCUUGGUUGGUGUAUUUUUCAGUUCUGCAACAUCCUAGUUGUUUAAUAUACAGGAUCGGAUUCAGUCUUAGUGUUGUGAUCUCAGUUACUUAUUUCUUAACGAGCUUCUUCGACAAACUUUUCAGAUCCCGAGCUAUACUAAUCAGUGUUAGUCACGCAUGGAUCUCAUGCUUGCUUGGCUUGCUUGCAUUUACUCCAUCAGAACCUGGUGCUACUUUGGCUUUUAAUCUCAGUUUAAUUCUUCAGCUCAUAUUGAUCACAUAUACCAUGGCUCCUUUGCGCUUAUGGCAGCUGUUGGCAAUAUGCGGACCCGUCAGUGUCUUGCAAAUAGUUUUAGCAAGUGUGAGGUAUGGCCGGGUCCCAGGCUGGUUUAUACUGUUGUUUUUCGUCGGUCAUUUCUCCGUUCAUUUGAUUGGAAUUAAUCUUCAUUUGAUGUCUCAAGUUUGGCGCCGAUCAACAUUUUUACGCAUGGGUUAUAAUGCUUUAAUGCGAAAAGCAUUAAAGAAGGAACAAGAAAUACGUGAUGAUAUGAUUCGUUCAUUAAUGCCUAAUCAAGUUGCACAAGAAGUAAUGCGUGAAGUGGGAAAUGAAAGUUCUGUUGAAUAUGACACUAAUGAUGAUGAUGAUGAUGAUGAUGAUGAUGAUGAUAGGCGUUCAAACUACAAGAAUAAAAAUAAGCAUAAAAGGAAUGACUCUAAACAAAGUCAUCAUAGAAAAUUGAAAGAUAAAAAAUUACACAACGAAGCGAAUAAUAUCAAUUUAGGUGAAAGUUUUAAAACUAGUGGACUCAGUUAUGCUGCUGAUGAGGUAGAUAGUGAAGAUGAAGAUGAAACACAAACUCCAAAGAAAGCAAGUGUUGGGAGUAACUGUGAUCAGCAGCCUAUACGACAAGAUGACUUAGAAAUGGGUUCCGGCAUUCGUGAUGCUGGCGGUCCUUGUAGUCAAAAAUGUAGCUUAAUGCCUAAAGCAGCUGUUGUACCUCCAUCACGAGCUGUCGCAUUUCGAAAGUUUCAUGUGAAUCAAUUAGAAAAUGUCAGUGUAUUAUUUGCUGAUAUUGUUGGUUUUACUAAAAUGAGCUCGAAUAAAUCUGCAUCACAUCUUGUCUACCUAUUAAAUGAUCUUUUUGGGAGAUUUGAUCGUUUAUGCGAACUUGUUGGUUGUGAGAAAAUCGCCACUCUUGGUGAUUGUUAUUAUUGCGUCUCUGGUUGUCCGAAUCCAACUGAAGAUCAUGCUGAGCGAACAGUGGAAAUGGGUAGAGCAAUGUGUUUAGCUAUACAACAGUUUGAUGAAGAUCAUUCAGAGGAAGUGAAUAUGCGUGUCGGUGUACACACUGGUAAAGUGAUCUGUGGAAUUGUCGGAACAAGACGUUUUAAAUUCGAUGUUUGGUCAAAUGAUGUUACAUUAGCUAAUGAAAUGGAGUCUAGUGGGGAAGCGGGAAAAGUGCACAUUUCUGAGGCUACUUUAAGUUUUGUAAGAGAUAUUUAUGAAGUUUCUGAAGGAAAACCUGUUCAUGAUAUUCGAAAAUUCAAAGUGUUAGUUGAAUUUUUUAAUAAAGAAGAACAAUGUUUCGCCAUUAAACAUACUCAAGAUGAAGCUAUGAUCAAAACAUAUUUUAUUGAAAAACGUUUGGAUGAUAAGCCAGUUGUCAGUUUGCCACCAGUAAGUUAA